GGGCCGGGUGGGCGGCUCCGCGCCACAGCGCUGAGGGCGGCGGCGAGGUGCGGCGGUUGCUGCGUGAGGGGACAUCGCCGCGUGAGGGGACAUCGCCUCCUUCCUGCAGCCAUGGCGUGGCAGCCCAUGGAGAUCAACCCCGAGAUGCUGAACAAAGUGCUGGCCCGCCUCGGCGUGAGCCCCGGCUGGCGCUUCGUCGACGUGCUGGGCUUCGAGGAGGAGGCGCUGGGCGCCGUGCCCAGCCCGGCCUGCGCCCUGCUGCUGCUCUUCCCCCUCACCGAGCAGCAUGAGAACUUCAGGAAACAACAGACUGAGAAAAUAAAGGACCAAGAAAUCAGUUCCAAGGUGUAUUUCCUGAAGCAGACUGUCAGUAACUCGUGUGGGACAAUUGGUCUGAUACACGCAGUUGCUAAUAAUAAAGACAAAGUGAAGCUUGAUGAGGGGUCUGCCCUGAAGAAAUUCCUUGAUGAAACAGCUGAUCUCUCUCCUGAAGAGAGAGCUAAGCACUUUGCAAGUAAUAAGGCUAUACAAGAAGUCCACAACUCUGUUGCACAAGAAGGACAGUGUCGGGUUGAUGACAACAGUGUGAACUUCCACUUCAUCCUGUUUGCCAACGUGGAUGGACAUCUGUAUGAGCUGGAUGGGCGUAUGCCGUUUCCUGUGAACCAUGGCACAAGCUCAGACGACUUGCUCUUGAAGGAUUCUGCUAAGAUCUGCAGGCAAUUUACAGAACGUGAAAAAGGAGAAGUUCGUUUUUCUGCUGUGGCUUUCUGCAAGUCUGCCUGAGACUCCGAAGAGGCGCAAGGAAAACAGUCUAAUAGCACACAGUAAAUGCAGUCUAAACUCCAGUGCUUCAGUACUUGUUAAACACAGCUGUUCUGGUAACUUAAAUUGUUUCCACCCUUUGCUAUACACAGGAGCAACAUCAGUUGAGCUUAUGUUAAAGGAUGAGCUCAAGUUUUAACGUGAACGGUUUAGACACAUCAGAUGUCUUUAGACUCUGUUUUUUCACAUGUUAAGUAGAAAAUGCUUAACAGGGCUUGUUUAAUCUGUGUCUGUUAAUUGAGCUGUUGGUUGAUAUUUCCUUGUCCUUAAUGAAAAUAAAACUUUCUGCUGGAAGACUAA